GGCAUGUCAAAACGGGCCAGCUGGCRGCCAUCAAGGUCAUGGACGUUACGGAGGAUGAAGAAGAAGAAAUCAAACUGGAGAUUAAYAUGCUGAAGAAAUACUCUCACCACAGAAACAUCGCAACCUAUUACGGUGCUUUCAUUAAGAAGAGUCCCCCAGGACAUGAUGACCAGCUGUGGCUUGUCAUGGAGUUUUGUGGAGCAGGCUCUAUCACUGACCUCGUGAAGAACACGAAGGGGAAUACUCUGAAAGAAGACUGGAUAGCCUAUAUCUCCAGAGAGAUUCUCCGGGGGCUGGCGCAUCUUCACGCCCACCACGUGAUUCACAGGGACAUCAAGGGGCAAAACGUGCUGCUGACGGAGAACGCAGAGGUGAAGCUCGUGGAUUUUGGUGUGAGCGCUCAGCUGGACAGGACAGUUGGUCGGAGAAACACAUUCAUUGGGACUCCGUACUGGAUGGCUCCAGAAGUCAUUGCCUGUGAUGAGAAUCCAGAUGCUACGUAUGAUUACAGAAGUGACCUUUGGUCGUGCGGCAUCACGGCCAUCGAGAUGGCAGAAGGAGCUCCCCCACUCUGUGACAUGCAUCCCAUGAGAGCGCUCUUUCUGAUACCCAGGAAUCCUCCCCCGCGGUUAAAAUCCAAGAAAUGGUCRAAAAAGUUCUUCAGCUUUAUAGAAGGUUGUCUCGUGAAGAAUUAUAUGCAGCGACCUUCUACGGAGCAGCUUCUGAAGCAUCCGUUCAUACGUGACCAACCGAACGAAAGGCAAGUCCGAAUCCAGCUCAAGGACCAUAUAGACAGGACAAGAAAGAAGAGAGGAGAGAAAGAUGAGACGGAAUAUGAAUACAGUGGAAGUGAGGAAGAAGAGGAGGAAGUGCCUGAACAAGAAGGAGAGCCGAGUUCCAUUGUCAACGUGCCUGGAGAAUCAACCCUCCGACGUGAUUUCCUGCGGCUGCAGCAGGAAAACAAGGAGCGGUCGGAGGCCCUUCGGAGGCAGCAGCUGCUGCAGGAGCAGCAGCUCCGCGAGCAGGAGGAGUACAAGAGGCAGCUGCUGGCUGAGCGGCAGAAGCGCAUUGARCAGCAGAAGGAGCAGAGGAGACGGCUCGAAGAGCAACAAAGAAGGGAACGGGAAGCUCGAAGGCAACAGGAGCGCGAGCAAAGGCGGAGAGAGCAGGAAGAGAAAAGACGUCUGGAAGAAAUGGAGAGGAGGCGUAAGGAAGAGGAAGAGAGAAGAAGAGCAGAGGAGGAAAAGAGGAGGGUAGAAAGGGAGCAGGAGUAUAUCAGGCGACAGCUAGAAGAGGAGCAGCGGCACUUGGAAAUUCUACAGCAGCAGCUGCUCCAGGAGCAGGCCAUGUUACUGGAAUACAGGUGGCGGGAGAUGGAGGAGCACCGGCAGGCGGAGCGGCUCCAGCGGCAGCUGCAGCAGGAGCAAGCCUACCUGCUCUCGCUGCAGCACGACCACAGGCGGCAGCAGCAGCAGCAGCAGCAGCAGCAGCAGCAGCAGGAAAGGACUAAGCAAAGCUAUCAUGGCCCUGAGCCCAAAGCCCACUACGAGCCUGCUGAGAGAGCACGAGAGGUGGAGGAGAGAUUUAGAAAAACUAAUCAGGGCUCCCCUGAAGCACAGUCUAAGCAGAUGGGCAAAGUGUUGGAGCCACCAGUGCCUUCAAGAUCAGAGUCCUUUUCCAAUGGGAACUCAGAACCUGCUCAGCCAGCCCUGCAGAGGCCAAUGGAACCCCAGGUACAGUGGUCCCAUCUGGCAUCUCUCAAGAACAAUGUUUCCCCUGUCUCGCGAUCCCAUUCCUUCAGUGACCCUUCUCCCAAAUUUGCUCAUCACCAUCUUCGUUCCCAGGACCCAUAUCCACCUUCACGCAGUGAAGUGCUAAGUCAGAGUUCUGACUCUAAGUCGGAGGUACCCGACCCCACCCAAAAGCCUUGGGCUAGAUCAGACAGUGACGAGGUGCCUCCAAGGGUACCCGUGAGAACAACRUCCCGAUCACCUGUCCUGUCCCGUCGUGAUUCUCCCCUGCAGGGCAGCGGGCAGCAAAACAACCAAGCAGGUCAAAGAAACUCCACGAGCAAUAUAGAGCCUCGCCUGCUGUGGGAAAGGGUGGAGAAGCUGGUGCCGCGGCCGGGCAGCGGCAGUUCUUCCGGCUCGAGCAACUCCGGCUCCCAGCCCGGCUCCCAUCCCGGCUCUCAGAGUGGAUCCGGCGAGCGCUUCCGGAUGAGAUCAUCAUCAAAAUCAGAGGGUUCUCCGUCGCAGCGUCAGGAGAACACGGCCAAAAAGCCUGAAGAGAAAAAGGAAGUCUUCAGACCCAUCAAGCCUGCUGGAGAAGUGGAUUUAACUGCCUUGGCGAAGGAAUUGCGAGCGGUAGAAGAUGUGAGACCGCCACAUAAGGUGACGGAUUAUUCAUCCUCCAGUGAAGAGUCAGGGACAACGGAUGAGGAAGACGAUGAUAUGGAACAAGAAGGAGCAGAUGAAUCUACUUCUGGACCUGAUGAUGUCCGAGCAGUGUCGACGCUGAACUUGAGCAACGGUGAAACGGAGUCAGUGAAGACCAUGAUUGUCCACGAUGAUGUGGAGAGUGAGCCAGCCUUGACUCCUUCAAAGGAGGGCACCUUAAUUGUCCGACAGAGUACAGUUGACAAAAAGCGCGCCAGCCAUCAUGAGAGCAAUGGCUUUGCCGGUCGCAUUCACCUCUUGCCAGAUCUCUUGCAGCAAAGCCAUUCCUCCUCCACUUCCUCCACCUCCUCUUCCCCAUCCUCCAGCCAGCCGACACCCACCAUGUCCCCACAGACACCCCAGGACAAGCUCACUGCUCACGAGACUCAGUCCGCUAGUAACACACUCCAGAAACACAAAUCUUCCUCCUCCUUUACACCUUUUAUAGACCCCAGAUUACUACAGAUUUCUCCAUCUAGUGGGACAACUGUGACUUCUGUGGUAGGAUUUUCUAGCGAAGCAAUGAGAUCGGAGGCCAUAAGGCAAGACCCCACGCGGAAAGGAUCAGUUGUCAAUGUGAAUCCCACAAACACACGACCRCAGAGCGAUACCCCAGAGAUUCGCAAAUACAAGAAGAGAUUCAACUCGGAGAUUCUGUGCGCUGCCUUAUGGGGAGUGAACUUGUUAGUGGGCACUGAAAGUGGACUGAUGCUGCUAGACAGAAGUGGUCAGGGGAAGGUUUAUCCACUCAUCAAUCGAAGACGAUUCCAGCAAAUGGAUGUACUUGAAGGACUGAAUGUCUUGGUGACAAUUUCCGGUAAGAAGAACAAGCUGCGAGUUUACUAUUUGUCCUGGUUAAGAAAUAAAAUCCUUCACAAUGAUCCUGAAGUGGAAAAGAAACAGGGUUGGACAACUGUGGGCGACUUGGAAGGCUGUGUGCACUAUAAAGUUGUAAAAUAUGAAAGAAUCAAGUUCUUGGUAAUUGCAUUGAAGAGUUCUGUGGAAGUCUAUGCAUGGGCACCAAAGCCAUACCACAAAUUUAUGGCCUUUAAGUCAUUUGGAGAACUGGUACAUAAGCCAUUGCUGGUGGACCUCACUGUAGAGGAGGGUCAGAGGCUAAAGGUGAUCUAUGGCUCCUGCGCUGGCUUCCACGCUGUUGAUGUGGAUUCAGGAUCUGUCUAUGAUAUUUAUCUGCCAACACAUAUCCAGAGUAGUAUCCAACCUCAUGCAAUCAUAAUCCUCCCCAACACGGAUGGAAUGGAGCUGCUGGUUUGUUACGAGGAUGAAGGGGUUUACGUAAACACAUAUGGAAGGAUCACGAAGGACGUGGUCCUGCAGUGGGGAGAAAUGCCCACAUCCGUUGCCUACAUCCGAUCCAACCAGAUUAUGGGCUGGGGAGAGAAGGCCAUUGAAAUCCGGUCGGUGGAAACGGGGCACUUGGACGGCGUGUUCAUGCACAAAAGGGCGCAGAGACUCAAGUUCCUGUGCGAGCGCAAUGACAAGGUUUUCUUUGCCUCCGUGCGGUCGGGCGGCAGCAGCCAAGUGUAUUUCAUGACCCUGGGCAGGACUUCUCUGCUGAGCUGGUAGAGCGCUGGGCUUGGGCAAGGAGUGGCUGACACGCGGAGUCGGAGCUCUUCAUCCCACGGAAUUAUUUUCAACUGGAGUAGAGACCUGCACGGGGGCAGCGCUCUGUGUCAAUGUGUGUGCAGGCGUCACUGGUGUUAGGUUUCUUUUUGUUUCUCAACUGAGGCUGCGAGGCAGCUGGUGCUGUAAAGAUAUUGCCGUCAGGUGCUACGAUGUCUUUGAGAUUUGGGAUCACACUAGAAAGCUACAGGUCUUUUUUUUCCCUUCAGCUCCAGGAUUCCUAGGCUUUGAAGGACUCUGUUUGUUAGUGGGAAAACAGAGGGGRAAAAAAAAUAAAGGAGGAAAACGUAAAAACAGACUUACCAUGAGAUGCUGUUGAAUGGACGGGAGGCAGGCAAGAGAAGGUGACGAGUGGUAUUGAGAGUCAGACUUGCUGAAACGGAGGGCAGAUCUAGUCUAGUAAUGUUAACAAUGUAUUUAAUUGACAUUUCUUUUUUUGUAAUGUGACAAUAUGUGGACAAAGAGGAAGGUGCAGGUUUUAAGAAGUGAAUAUUUAUAAAAUGUGAAAGACA